AUGAACGAUGAAGACCAAGGCACACGACGAGAAAUCUCAAACGCCUUUAUCGACCCUGAUGUCACUCACCUAUCCCAGUAUUUGGUAAUGGAAAAAGAAGGCAUCUUACCCAUCCAGAAAUGUUCUGAACGCGAAACAACAUCAAACCCUGAACCAAAUGAAGACACUGAAAUGAUAGAAGAAAAUGAAAUCAAACCAAAUGAAAGCGAAGAAGAACAAGAAGAUGAAUUAACAGAUGAUGAAAUUAUAACAGGAGUUCAAGAAAUGAUCAUUGGACCACUCUAUGAAAACAGAAAUCUUAUCAAUCAUCAAAUCAAUCGACAUCAAAAAGUUUCAAACUUGAUACAUAAUUUAAAUUAUUUAAUAGGUUUUAAUUUGAUUCUGAUGUAUAAGAAAAUCGAAAAAUUAAUUUCAUUAAAGAUCACUUUACUCAAUCAUCAUUUCUAUGAGAUUUUAAACUUUUUCUUGAAUUCGAUGAUAAGUUUUAAAGGUUUAAUUGAAAUUAAUUAUCAUUUGAUGAUUUCUCAUUUUUCAAAACUGAUUAGGUCUUUGGAUAGAAUCAUCUUGAUUAUUCCAAAUCAAGAUGAUUAUCAGAAUCAAGAUCAUUUUAAAUCAAGACUUUGGUUAGCCAUGGAUGAUAGUUGUCUUUGCUUAGAUAGACUUAAAUGGGUAAUAGAAGAUUUUUGUAUUCAAUUCAAGACGAUUUGGAAAAAACUCAAGAUUGAAUUAAAAGAAAUGAUUUCCCAUCAAUUUAUAGAAAACCAAUCAUCAAUCUCAAUCAUCAUAGGACCUAACUUAACUUUCAAAAACAAUAAACUUAUCAAUGAUUUAAUUAGAAUCUUUGAUCAAUUAUCUUUAAUUAUCAAAGAAUAUUUAUGGGGUUUUAAUUUCUUUAUUCAGAUUUUGUUACGCUUUUCAUCUGGAUUUCAACUUUGGUCAAAAGAUUUAGUUGAUAAUGAGGAUUCAAUCGAUUUGAAGUUACUUGAAAUUUGGUACUAUUAUCAAUUAAAUGCUUUAAAUUCUUUAAAAGAGAUUAUUUCUAAUUUUCCUAAAUUGAUGGAGAUUUUAAACUCUUCAACUCAAUGA